CUCUCAGAGGCGGCGAGCGCGCGGACGGUCCCCUUCCCCGGCACGCCAUGGCUGCACGGACCGUGCCCCACGCCUACCCCAUGAGUUCCGAGUAUGAGUUCGCCAACCCCAGCAAGAUCUACGACCAGAACUUUGGAGAAGGUGUGUCCCCAUGCGAGAUUCUAGCCCCUGCCCUGUACCACGGCUACUACAUCAGGCCCCGCAUCAACAAGCAGCUGGACCGAGGCACGUCCGAGGUCAGCCUCAACGAGCACAAGUUCCAGGUGUUCCUGGACGUCUGCCACUUCCUCCCCAGCGAGCUCACCGUCCGCACCGUGGACAACCUGCUGGAGGUGAUGGGGCAGCACCCGCAGAAGGCUGACCGCCACGGCUUCAUCUCCCGAGAGUUCACCAGGACCUACAUCCUCCCGCUGGACGUCGACCCCUUGCUGGUGAGGGCCACCUUGUCCCACGACGGCAUCCUAAGCAUUGUGGCUCCCCGGACGGGGAAGGAGGUGACGGCCAGGGUCAACGAGGUGAAGAUAACCCACCAGGAGCAGGCGGUGGGGAAAGAAGAACAGUCUGGGGAGGGAAAAGGGAAGGAAGAGUCCUAA